AAAGAGAAAGCAGAAAGUGAGUGGAGAAAAUAAAGGCCAAAGCUUAAUGAAGGUGACAGUGGAAGUUACAAAACCGUCUUGUUUUCAUAUAAAAAGAUAGCACUUGGCACGACUUAUACUUGAGGACAAAAUAUUUGGAACUUGGAAGCCUCACACACAGAGUCAGUCGCACCACCUCUUGAACUGUGUAGCUAUUCAUUGAACUGAAACAAUGGCAAGAACUUCCUUUAUUCUCUUACCCUUUCUCUUCUACCUGGUUGCCUUUUGCUCCAUCAUACUCAUAGAUGGGGCUCAACUAAUUAUAGUGAACAAUUGUGGGGAAAGUAUAUGGCCAGGGAUACUUGGCGGAGCAGGACAACAGACUCUAAAAGAUGGUGGGGUGCAUCUUGGAAGUGGUGAAGAACUAGUGCUUGAUGUGCCAGAGAAGUGGUCAGGGAGAAUUUGGGGCAGGCAGGGUUGCAACUUUGACAAUGAUGGAAAUGGCCAUUGUCUUACAGGUGAUUGCAAUGGGAAGCUACACUGUAGAGGACAAGGAGGGGUGCCACCAGCAACAGUGGUUGAAAUGACCCUUGGGUCCUCCUCCUCUCCCUUGCACUUUUAUGAUGUGAGUUUGGUUGAUGGCUUCAACUUGCCUGUUUCCAUGAAGCCAAUUGGGGGUGGAAUUGGGUGUGGUGUGGCCUCCUGUGAGGUGGAUUUAAAUGUUUGUUGUCCUUCAGCACUUGAGGUGAAGAGAAAUGGCAAGGUUGUGGGGUGUAAGAGUGCAUGCUUGGCUAUGCAAUCAGCAAAGUAUUGCUGCACAGGGAGUUAUUCUGACCCCAAAACAUGCAAGCCUACCCUUUUUGCUCAUCUCUUUAAGGCUAUUUGUCCUAAGGCAUAUAGUUAUGCAUAUGAUGACUCUAGCAGCCUUAACAGAUGCAGGGCUCCAAGAUAUGUUAUCACUUUUUGCCCUCCUCCAAUCUAAAAGGAUCCACAUGACAAAAUGAAGUUGAAGCUAUUGUUAUAGAAUUGCAAAGGUUAUUAGUCAUUAGUGAAGAACUAUUUCCUGGAUGAUAUUUUAGUUUUUUUCUUAAUACUCAAUUGGUAUAGUUAUGUGUUUCUUAGUCUUUUCUUAUUCUUCUUAAAUAGUCAUUGUUCUUUGUCAUCAAGUUAAAUAAAAAGAACAGUAGAUUGAUAAUAAACAA